AAUCUAUUCACCACCACUCUUUUGUUGGAUUGUGUGAUUGACAAAUUUUCUCUCAAACGUUCAAGUUGGAUAAUUCGUGUUUUUGGAAACAAUUUAUAGUAAUAUUACGAGACUAUUUGUACGUUUUUUAAUUCGACAACACUUGAUAUUGAUUAUCGGAUUGUAUUAUUGGAUUAUAGUUGAUUAUAAAUUACAAUGAAAGUAAAUAUUAGAUGCUCUAAUGGUGAUACUUUUGCCGUUAAUGAUGUUGAUCUUAACCAAACUGUUGCUGAAUUCAAACAAGUUGUUGCUGACCAAUCACAAAUUCCUGCCAGUGACCAACGUUUGAUUUAUAGAGGUAAGGUGUUGAAGGAUCAAGCUACCCUGAAGAGUUAUGGAGUUGAAGAUGGUCUAACUGUUCACUUGGUGAGAGGAACACCAAAACCAGCAACAGCCACACCAUCAACUACUACUACUAGUACAACAGCCACCACCACUCCUACAACCACCACAACUACAACACCAACUCCUACAACCACAACACCAACCACAAAUACAACUACCUCUACACCAACCUCCACUCCAUCAAAUAAUACUACAAACCAACAACAACAACAAAAUCCAUUUAAUAUGUUUGGAGGUAUGGGAGGUAUGGGUAAUAUGUUCGGAAAUAUGGGAAGUGGUGGAAUGCCAAAUAUGGAUCCAAAUACAAUGCAACAAAUGAUGAAUAAUCCUAUGGUUCAAAGCUUAAUGAAUAAUCCUGAUUUUAUUCGUGAAAUUAUGGGCACUAAUCCACAAAUUCAAGAAAUUAUGAGAAAUAAUCCUGAAGUUGGAAGAAUGCUCCAAGAUCCUGAAAUGAUCAGAAGAGCUAUGGAAAUGUCAAGAAAUCCUGAACUCAUGAGAGAAAUGAUGAGAAAUACUGAUUUGGCACUCAGCAAUAUUGAAAAUCUUCCUGGUGGAUUUGAUGCUCUCAGAAGAAUGUACAGUGAUGUUCAAGAACCUCUUCAUGAAGCCACUAGUGAAAUGUUGAGACAACCAAAUCAACCAAACACUACUCCAAAUCAACCAACAAAUAAUGUUCCAAGUGGACAACCAUUCAACAUGUGGGGAAAUAACCCACCACCAACAACUGGAACUACUACUACCAACACAAAUACAACUAGUAAUAAUAACACUACCACUGGUACUAAUCAAAAUACUAAUCCAUUCUCAAUGUUUGGAAAUAUGGGAGGAAUGGGAGGUAUGGGAGGAAUGGGUGGAAUGCCAAAUAUAAACCCACAACAAGCCCAACAAAUGAUGAAUAAUCCAUUCAUGCAACAAAUGAUGCAACAAAUGCUCUCAGAUCCUAACACAUUGGAUCAAUUGAUUGGUUCUAAUCCAAUGCUUCAACAAAUGUCACAACAAAAUCCAAUGCUGAGAACCAUGUUGGGUAAUCCACAAUUUAUUCAACAAGUCAUGCAAUUGCAAGGGUUAUUAAAUCAAAAUCAACCUCCAAAUACAACCACUAAUACUGGUACAACGCCAACUGGUACACCUAAUCCAUUUGAAAAUUUGCAACAAAUGAUGCAAGGAAUGAAUUUGGGAGGAAAUACAGGAGGUCAAAAUCCAUUUGCCAUGUUUGGUAAUCCAUUUAUGGCACCUCAACAACAAACAAACCAACAACCACCUAGAGAACGUUUUGCUACUCAACUGACUCAACUUCAAGAAAUGGGCUUUUUCGAUGAACAAUCAAACAUUGAAGCUUUACUUGUGGCUAAUGGUAAUGUAAAUGCAGCAAUUGAAUAUCUCCUUUCCAAUCCUCCUCCAAGCAGAAACUAA